AUGCGAAUUUGUUGUGCAUUACGUUCGUCAUCUACAUCGGAAACACUACCAUGCAGGACCAAAGGCACUCGUAGUACUGAUAAGACUUCAGGUUUGGAUAGUCAAUGCGCGCGAUUUAGCAAGACGUAUCGUCAGAUCAUGCACACAUUGUAUACGCUACAAGCCAAAGCUGAUGAACCAAAUAAAUCGCAUAUCUUCUAUUACAAACAUCAUGUAUUUUCACUUAUAACUUUAACCGCGAGUGUAAGUGGCUCAAAAAAACUUAUAAGGUGCUGUGUGCUUCCCAUUAAAGUGGGCACCCAAUUAUUCAAUUGGCAAUGCACACAUUCGGUUAGACGUGUCACUUUAUCUAUCUCUAUACUCAUCAGCUUGCAUGUGUUUUUCCUCUUAGUAGUCGAAAUUAUACCUCCCACUUCGCUUGUUGUACCACUUUUGGGAAAGUAUCUGAUAUUUGCAAUGAUAUUAGUAUCAAUUAGCAUUUGUGUAACUGUCGUCGUUCUGAAUGUACAUUUUCGUUCUCCGCAAACUCACCGAAUGGCUCCAUUGGUGAAAAGGGUUUUUGUCAACUUACUUCCACAGUUCUUAUUUAUAAAAAGACCAAAAUACAACAUUGAAACAAGGUGAUUAUGUAUUACGAAUAAAAAUCUCGACAAUUUAAA